CAAAGACAUGGAUGAAGUGAUAAGCUUUUGAAGUGUUUUUGCUCCCCAGAUUUGCCAGAGCUACCUAAAGGUGAAUUGCAAAGAUGCCUAGUGAGAAGGGACGUGUGGAAAUUCCUAUGAUUAUGUAUGAACCGCGCCAGGAACCCUACACGCAAGAACCCUCUGCACCAGAGUACUGCAGCCAAGAGGGGGGUUAUGAGUAUCCUUCUCCCCCACCUUACUCCUAUCGAGAAACAACUACCAUUGAACAACCAGUUUACUUGGUCUCUCAGCCUCCGAUCAUUGUAGCAGGAAUCUUCUCAAGCAAACCAACAUCCACAAUAUGCCCUUCCUGCCGCCAGCACAUCACCACACAGGUCACCUACAGACUGGGCAGACUGUCUUACCUUCUGUGCACCAGCUUGUGUAUGGUUGGGUGCUGUUUUGGAUGCUGCUUCGUACCUCUCUUUAUAAGGAUCUUCAAGGAUGCAGACCAUUACUGCCCAUGCUGCCAAUUUCAUAUUUAUAGAUACAAAAGACUAUAGAAACAAAAUCUAUGCAACCAGAUUAUGUCUGUUUCCUAAUGGCGUAAGAUUCUACACAUAAAACUACUCCUAGGAAACAUAUAGGAGUAGGCUUAGGUUCUGCAGCUCCCU